GGCGGCGACUCCCGGAGCGGCGGGGGGUGGGGAGGAGGCGCUAUGGCCGACGUGUUCCCGGGCUCCGAGCCCGGCGCCGACCCGGAGGCGGCGCGGCGCUUCGCUCGCAAGGGCGCCCUGAGGCAGAAGAACGUGCACGAGGUGAAGGAGCACAAAUUCAUCGCGCGCUUCUUCAAGCAGCCCACCUUCUGCAGCCACUGCACCGACUUCAUCUGGGGAUUUGGGAAGCAAGGAUUCCAGUGCCAAGUUUGCUGUUUUGUGGUUCAUAAGAGGUGCCAUGAGUUCGUUACCUUCUCCUGUCCUGGGGCUGACAAGGGACCCGACACUGAUGAUCCCAGAAGCAAGCACAAGUUCAAGAUCCACACCUAUGGCAGCCCCACCUUCUGUGACCAUUGUGGGUCCCUGCUCUACGGGCUCCUGCACCAGGGGAUGAAGUGUGACACCUGUGAUAUGAAUGUUCACAAGCAAUGUGUGAUAAACGUCCCGAGCCUCUGUGGCAUGGACCACACAGAGAAGAGAGGAAGGAUUUAUCUGAAAGCUGAAGUCACUGGUGACAAACUGGAAGUUACAGUGAGAGAAGCAAAAAACCUCAUUCCCAUGGAUCCAAAUGGACUUUCAGAUCCUUAUGUCAAACUGAAGCUCAUCCCAGACCCUAAGAAUGAAAGUAAACAAAAAACAAAAACCAUCCGUUCCACCCUGAACCCGGACUGGAAUGAGUCGUUCACGUUUAAAUUAAAACCUACGGACAAAGAUCGCCGGUUAUCCGUAGAGGUCUGGGACUGGGAUCGAACAACCAGGAAUGAUUUCAUGGGAUCUCUCUCUUUUGGGGUGUCAGAGCUUAUGAAAAUGCCAGCCAGUGGAUGGUACAAGCUGCUGAACCAAGAAGAGGGGGAAUAUUACAAUGUUCCAAUUCCAGAUGCUGAUGAAGAUGGAAAUGCAGAGCUCCGACAGAAGUUUGAGGACUGUCAUGUAAAUAUGCACUUCUUCAAGAAAGCCAAACUUGGGCCAGCUGGUAACAAAGUCAUUACUUCAACAGAAGACAAGAGCUCAAGUGUGCCAUCCAACAAUCUGGACAGGGUGAAGCUGACAGAUUUCAACUUUCUCAUGGUUCUUGGAAAGGGGAGCUUUGGGAAGGUGAUGCUGGCAGACAGGAAGGGCACAGAGGAGCUCUAUGCCAUCAAAAUCCUGAAAAAAGACGUGGUGAUCCAGGAUGAUGAUGUGGAGUGCACCAUGGUGGAGAAACGAGUGCUGGCCCUGCAGGACAAGCCCCCCUUCCUGACACAGCUGCACUCUUGUUUCCAGACAGUUGACCGACUGUAUUUUGUGAUGGAAUAUGUGAAUGGUGGGGAUCUCAUGUACCACAUCCAGCAAGUAGGAAAAUUUAAGGAGCCACAAGCAGUGUUCUAUGCAGCUGAGAUCUCAAUUGGGUUAUUCUUUCUCCAUAACAGAGGGAUUAUUUAUAGAGAUCUGAAAUUAGAUAAUGUGAUGUUGGAUUCAGAAGGACACAUUAAAAUUGCUGAUUUUGGAAUGUGCAAGGAGCACAUGCUGGAUGGAGUAACAACCAGGACCUUCUGUGGCACUCCAGACUACAUUGCACCAGAGAUUAUUGCUUACCAGCCCUAUGGGAAGUCUGUGGAUUGGUGGGCAUAUGGUGUGCUGCUCUAUGAGAUGUUGGCUGGCCAGCCUCCAUUUGAUGGGGAAGACGAAGACGAACUCUUCCAGUCCAUAAUGGAGCAUAAUGUUUCCUACCCAAAAUCACUGUCCAAAGAAGCUGUCUCCAUCUGCAAGGGGCUAAUGACUAAACAUCCAGCAAAACGCCUUGGCUGUGGCCUGGAGGGGGAAAGAGACAUCAGGGAACACGCUUUCUUCAGGAGAAUUGACUGGGAAAAAUUGGAGAACAGAGAGAUUCAGCCACCUUUCAAACCUAAAGUGUGCGGCAAAGGGGCUGAAAACUUCGAUAAGUUCUUCACACGAGGACAGCCGGUGUUGACGCCUCCAGAUCAGCUGGUCAUUGCCAACAUAGACCAAACAGAUUUUGAAGGCUUCUCUUACGUCAACCCCCAGUUCGUGCACCCCCUGUUAGAAAAUGUAGCAUGAGGCAGCAGAACAAAUCCCGCCGUGGGGAGCAGCUGUAACCCUACAAUUUUUAGGCUUUCGCCUUGUUGAUUCCACUUGGGCCUGGAAAUUGUAGGGUUUGAGGGUGUGAGAUGAGGGAAGGGCCACUUAGUCAGGAUUUGGGCUUUGCAGCAGCGUUGUUGUCUUACCAGGAGAUAAAUUAGUGUACAGUGCCCACUUUUUCUUCUAGAAGUCAUCGCUGACUUGUCGAAACUUACCCAUGUUUUGGUACGUUCUACAUUUUGUAACUUCCCACUGUCCUUUUGCUCCCUUUUCCACUCUGUUGUGUUGGAGAAACACCUGGCACGUGGUCUGAAGGAGAAGCCACCUCGAGUAUUUAUUCCCUGGGAGGUGGGAGCGUCCUCCCCGCGCUGCCCGGAGACUUCGGGGCAGCACCAGAGACUGAGCGGGGUCAGCUCCAGGGGGGAGAGGCAUUGCAGAAACCUGGCUGAAAGUGUUUGCAGAACAUGGCAGGAAAAACAAAAAACAGUUGGGAAUGGGUGGGAGGGGGGUGGGAAUCAAAUUAGAGCCUGAGGCUUGGUGAACUGAUCCUGUAAAAUCCCAAAUAAAAGCGCUCGGGUGGUGGCCGCAUCUCUAGGAUUUGUGCUAAGAGUAGCUUGUGAUAAACUCAAGGGUGAAAUUUUGUCUUUAAUAAUAAUAAUAAUAAUAAUAAUAGUAAUAAUUUUAAUAAUACUUUUGUGAAUUUUUAAUCUCCAUGAGAUUAUUCUGUGAUCCAGGGUGCCAUUGUCUGUUCAGUUGGUUUUAUUUACACCACUCCUCAAGUUUACUGUUAACUGGUUCUAAUACCAAUAUUUUACUAUGAAAUUUAUUAACCUGGAAUGUAAAACAAAACUGUAAUUCCUUAAGUCUUAUUUACAUGUGUUUAUUUAUAGUUUGCAGUUUAGGGCAGUAAAUUGAAGAAAGCAUCAUGUAUACUAAAUUAACAAAAAAUGCAGCCCCGAGUGACUUCCUGAUUUCUCCAGAAUAACUCAUGAAAAUCGAGUGAGAUUUAGUCUUAAAUAAUCAAUUUUAAUUCAGAAAACUUUGGGCUGUAGAAUAAUCAAGCCUGAAAGAAGCAGCACCUAAAACUCGUUUUAUUGAUAGAAUGGAAUUUACUACAUUUUACAUAUGCUUCAUGCAAUGAAUUUUGCAUGUUUAGUAAUAACUCUUAAUAAUAAGGGUUAAUAAUAAGCAGAUCUAUAUUAUUGACAUAAUCAUAUCAAGCAUAAAGAGUAUUAUAAAAAUUUUAUAAAACAACUUGUGCUUUAUUUGUGAAAGUUCUUGUUCUGAAUGACACCAUUUAGAUUUAGCUAAAUGUUUUCUUGCUAUUGUUUUGAUUUUUACUUUAGGUUUUGAAUAUUGUUACUGGCUUAGGGUAUAAUCUCUUUUUUUAAAAGUAGAUAUACUUUUAAAUAAUAAUUGCUACCUGCAGGUUUUAUACGAGGUUCAAUUAGGCUUUCAUUUCACAUCUGCUUAUUACUUGCAGAGAAGGAAAUAGACUUUAUUUGCAAUGAUGAACACUGUAAUUAAUGCAAUCUUCUCCUCUCCUAUCACUUAGGUUAAAAAUUUUUGAUAUUUCCUCUUACAAGUUACCAGAAGAUAUUAACUCAAAUAUCAGUAAAUAAUGUUUUGUGCAUAUUUGGGUUUUGUUACAGCAUGUAAAAUAGUAGUUGGUGCAUUUCCCUUUUUUUUUCCCUCCUGCCUUGAUCCCAUUAGCAGCCACAGGCACUUUUUGUCUCUCAGAUGUGCAUGAUGAUGCCAGAAGCAUGAUGUCUCUGUUGCUGCAUGCAGACUGAUUACAAUUUUUCCAGCAUGUAAACAUAUUCAAAAAGUAAGAUAUUUGCCAUAAAAUUCAAUUUAUACUAGAAUAUGUAAUGGGGUGGGGUGGGAGGGGAACCUACUUUCUAAUCAUCUUUUAUGACAAUAAAACAUGGAACCUGUGCCAAAGAUUCUGUCAGAAAGAUCCAGUCCUGCCAGGAGGGAGCCAGAGGGGUGGUGGAGCUCGGGGCUGACCUGGGUGGGUUGGGCAGAGGGUAGGGAAGCGUGGUUGGAUGUGAAGGGCGACUGUGUGGAGCUUCUGCACCUGCAGAGCCCUUGGAAAAUGUGGGUUUGGGGCAGGAUGGGAAAUUUCCACACUCCAGGAGUUCAGUUGUUGCCCUGUCUCAGUCCUUCCUCCCCAGCUCCCACCAGCAGCACCGUGCAGGGAUGGAGCCCUGACACUCCCAGGGGUGGCUCACAGGAGCUCAGAUCACUGCCUGAACAAACAGGACUCCAAACCUUUCAAACAUUUUAGGAGUAAAAAUUUUAAACUCUUCUGUGUCAAAUAUGUUGUCAGCCAAGACUGGGAGUUCAUUUUCUCCUUUGUGUAUUAUGUACUUCAAAAACGAUGGUAUUCACCAUAAAGCAUGUGGCCUAAUGCAGCAUUCAUGACUUUCUUCUUUUUUCUUUUUUUUUUUUUCCUGAAUAUUAUUAGCAUGUUUAGUAAAAUCUGGGUAGAAAUCGUGCUGUAGAAGACAAUAGAUUGAAUUAAGAUAACAGAUCACUGAGUCUCAGAUUUUAAUAAAGAAGGGACUCUCAGCUAUGCCAGUCUGCCAGGAGGUGCCAUUGUGCUUGUCUUUAAAAUGUGAAGUGAAAAAGACACUUUUGGAAAAGGAAAAUACUGGGAGAAAUACCAGCAUACAGAUUUGGGGAGUAAGCAAAGCAGAACAGGGGCAAAAUUGAACCAAGCCAGAAACCAGGCAGGAGUUCCCCUGGGUAGAUGCUCCCACAGUUCUGUUUUCCUGGUGAAAUCUGAAUUUCCCAGGAAGUCCCAUUGCUGUCACAGCUGUGACAGUCAGUGCUGACCACACCUGGGCUGACACUGGGACAGACCUGCUCAUUUUCUGGCUGCUUCUCACACCCAUUUUCUUCAGCCCUUGUGUUUGCCUCCCAGUUUUUCUGACAUAGAAGCAGAAAUUCCUCUUUAACGCCGUUACCUCAGGUCCCCGGGUUUGUGACAUAUGUGCUGUCUUCUGGAGGUUUCUGUAACUCUUAGAAAAGGUACUGUGAACUCUUGGAUCCUGCAGGGUUGGAUAAAGCAGGGAUUAGCUGUGUUACCCCUCCCUGCUCCUCCUGAUGCCCUCACACGCUCUGACCUUUCCCAAAAAACUCCCGCUGGCUGCUCAGAAUCCAGAAACCUACAAUGGCAAGGAAAACCUAAGAAUCUGGCCAGAAUUUUCAUAUCUUUUUAGAAACAGAUGUUAUUUAUAUAAUAUUUUUCACAAGAUUUGAUUUUCUAGAGAGCAUGUAUCAACAGAAGGAGAGGCAUUAGAGCUGCUUCUCUUUCACUUGUGUUCGAUAGCAACUCCCAACACCCACAUUAACACCAAGAUUCCCAAAA